AUGGCUCCAUGGAACUCCGAGACCAACUGGGCCAUCGCUCACGGCUCUCUUGAAUCGUCUGUUACCGUUGAAUCGUUCGAUUACCCGAUCAUUGACUCUGACCAACAAGAUCCGACCCGGAAAUCGCCUCUUGUUCUCGAGCUCCCCGCACCCGAUUCCGGUCCUUGUGAAAUCAAGAUAUGUUUUAUGCAAAAGUAUGACAUAGGUCAAGUUUAUGUUCGAAGUACUGCUCGUGUGUAUGAGAUAUACUAUGCAAAUUCUCCUCAGAGUAGCAAUGAGUACCUUUGUACUGUUCGCUGUGGUGUUGCUGAAAGAGACGAGAUGUUUCUCCAAACCACUGGCUUUGAAGAUGUUACCAAAGAGCAUGAGGUGGGUUUCAUAGGAGAACUAACUCAUGAAUUAACAGAUGGAGGAAGUAUUGUCACUACUGAAGACGAUUGGAUAAACGUUAAAGCCCCUGAGGAUGGGAGAAGUUCUUCCUCAAACAAAACCCACAUCGACGGAGGGAAAACUGAUUUUUCUUCAAUCAAGACUACCAAUACAAACAGAAGGAAAAAGGUUCAGGAUAUCUACGAGGCUACAGCACAAAUCAGCGAUGCAGAUCCUUGCACAGUGCUCACAAUUCGCUUUCUAUCUCUUCAGGAUAAAGAUUGUGCGUAUAUUGAUGAAAUUUAUGUAUAUGCGGACCCUGUUGAGUUAACUGAUGCAGGAAAUCAGGCUAUGCAGCAAGGAAGCUCAAACGGAAGUUCCCUAAUGGCCAUGCUCGUCCCUACGCUUCUGCAAUUGUCUAAAUCAGGUAACAGACAUGUACAAGACACACAUGCUUCUGGUGAAGUGCAGAAGGAUGAUAAAAUGGAAACUGGGUCGCCAACAAAUGAUGCAACUGAGAUUGCUAAUAGGAAGAACCAUAUUAAAGAAUCAGCAGUUAAUCAGCAGUAUGAGAGGUUGCAGAAAGGUGAUGAGGGUGCAUCCAAGCCAGCUAACUUUUUGCCAUCAACAUCGGCUCUAAAUAUAGAGGCACGUGUUGAGCCAGAAAACAUGCAAGACUUGCCACAGGGACGUCUUGAAAGAGCUUUGGAACAGCUUAUUUCUCGACUAAGUAAAGUAGAAGAUGUAUGCUUGAGGUUCGAAGAAAAAAUACUUAAGCCCAUAGAGAGCAUGGAGACAAGGCUUCAAAAGGUAGAGCAGCAACUGGAAACAUUUGCAAAAAACUCUCAGAAUUCUGGACUGCCACAUUGUGGGAGAAUAUCUGCUCCUCCAUUUUCAUGCAGUCAAUCCAACUCCAGCUCAUUCCACAAUGAGGGAAGUAAUUAUCAGCCUUGUGAGGAAUCGGACUUGGAAAAGAAGGAUUUAUCUUUUAGCAACAUUUCCAACUUAUCCCAUAAUGCACCCAAUUCUCUGAAUGCUCCAUAUUCUCACCCAAGUCUUGUGGUUAGUGCUCCUGAGUUUUUGUGCGGUGAGGACGAAGAAGACAAUGAUGAUUUGGAACAAUUAAAGGAUUCUCCUUGCAUAAAACCAAAGCAAACUUCAAUUAACGCAGCUUUAGCUGCAGCACUUACUGGGUUCUUGUCCACUGCCACAACUCAAUCUUCAGAACACAUUGAAACGACUUCUGGAUUUACUAGUGGAGUGGGUGAGAAAACCCAACAUUCUCAACAUGCUUCAUCUCUUCAAUUGAAUGCAAAGGACUCCCCCACAGUGGAAAAUGGCUGCGAAGAGUCUUCACAUUAUACCCAAAUUUUUGCAGUUGCAGCCCCUGAUUUUACUGAAAAGGAAAUCGGUGAUGAAGAGCAGUUAAACAAUACCCAGUCUCCUUCAGAUUUAGCUUCUGUAUUUAGAGAUGACGAGAAUGGCUAUUGUAGUGAGGUAGUUUCUCCAAAUGUUCAAAGUGAAAACCCUGCAGCUACUGCAAACUCAUGGUAUUUUAUUGGAAAUAAGAGCCUGCAUGAUUUAGGGUCAACUUCUAGUGCUGCAUGUGCUGGAAAAAGUAGGACGUAUCUUGAUAAUGGACACUUAAGUGAAAUAUCUGAAUCAAGUACACAAGACAGUUCUCUUAAAGAAGAUACUCAUUGCAGUUCUAUGGGUAACAGUAUCGAUUCUCCACUUGAUCAAGCAGAAGACUUGGCAACUGACAGUUGCCAGAUUGUUGGCGAAACUAAACUAAGAGAACCCAGCAGUGUCUUCCUUGAUGAUAAGUACAUUACUUCAGAGCAGGAUUCAGGGCAUGAAUCUGGGAAUACAUCUGAUACGCUACUAGAAAAUGUUGAAUGCACUAAAUAUGUGGCUGUAGAAGGUCGCUGUAAAGAUAACAUGACUGGAAAUUGUGAAUCUUCACGUGCUUCUUUGGUGGAUUUUGAUAUUCCUAUUCUGGAAGUAAAAUUCGAUUUUAAUGAUUACGCCAGUCUUACCGCCCCCCUUGAAGUUCUUUUAGAUGGAGCAGCAGAAUCAAAUGUUGAAGCUCCUUUCAUUCAGGAUACUGGCGAUGUAGUUUUGCGUGCUGAGGAAAAAUACAUUGUCAUGGAUGAUGGUGAACCAACAGCCAUUGGAACAAAUGACCAUCUUUUGGUGGAUCUGGGAAUUUCCUCUAUGGAUGUGCCUUCGAACAUGGAGGAUGGAUUGUGA